GCUGAUUAAAAUAAUUAGGCAAAAUUAAAUCCAACUUUUAAUUAAAUUUGUUAUAAUUUUAUUUCGUUUUCAUGAUUUCCGUCAACACUGAUUAUGAGACUAUUUUAAUCCGCUUAUUAAUGCAGGGUAUAAAUUGGUAAAAAGAAAUUGGAGGAUGCAUUUUAAACUGCAACACGAUGGGUCGUGCACUGACGGUAGUUAUUGCCACUCUGAUGCUUCAAGUACUAUGGGGCUCUGCUUUCUCCUCCCGACGCACCAACAUCGUCGACCUAGCCGAAAUGGACGACAAUGAAUAUUGUCACUCUUGCGUCAAAAUCGACAACAUCUGCUACAACCACACUGACCUGUUCGAGCUCCCCGCCCCCUUCGAUGAAAACCCCGUCGUUAAAAGAAUGGGUAUCAUGAAGGCUACUAACGUCCUAUACUACACCUUCGAACCUACGUUCAGUGAUAAAGAAUACUCCAAAGUUGGCUUCGUGUUGUUAAAUAAUCCGAAAUACUCUGGUGUCAUUUCUGGCUGGCAGUCUUUCAACUUUGGUCCCUUUGAUAUAAAUCAGAAAGAGAAAAAAGUAUAUCUAGGUGGUUCGGACGGUAUAUGGACUGUUAAUUCUACCAGCCAUAUCCCAACGUUUUUUGGCUGGAAAGCUAAUCAUAUCACUAACGUUGUUGUAAAGAACUAUAUGUAUUUUACUACGUCAGGUCAUAAUGGAAUAAUUAAAUAUGUGGGCGGGCAUUAUGCCGUUCAAUUAGUAGAUAUAAGAAUAAAUAAUUUUGUUCUGGAUAUAGGGCACAAUAUUGUGUAUUUAAAUGAUACUGGAUUAUAUAUUUCAUUCCGUAGUAAAAACCUGAAAGAUAUAAGACUAUCAACGGAACGGUUCAUCAGAGAUUUGACUGUUGAUAUUAAAGGAGCAGUAUACGCCUGGCACGUAGAUGGGAUAUAUAAAGUGACCGUAGGUAAUGUUCUUUCCCAGUCUACAUUGAAACGUGUUUCAAAUUUAGCUCCUGACGCUAUGACGUUUGAUCAGUCAAACAACAUUAUAUAUUCCAUCGGAAAAAACUUGUACAAGUUGACUAAAGUUGCUACCGGCAGUUGUUUUGGUAGCUAAUGGCUAAUUCCAGUUGAAAAUAAUAAACUAGAUUUGCUACAUAAUUUACUUUGCUUUGCCAUACAUUUAUGACUAAUGUAAGAAAUUUUUGUCCUACAUCUUUUAUACGUAUCUGCAUUGUAUUGUUUUCCUUCCUGUAAAACUGAAUUUUGUUGUGAAAAAAUACCCAAAUAAAAUCUUGCUUUUUUGCCUUUACUUGGAGUAAAUUAAUUAUUUUACCUGUAUUUGUAAUUACCAGAAGUCCAAUUCAGUUUUAACAACUUGUAACGGUUUUGAUCUUUUGUACGUCAAAGCCGUAUCAAAACCAGUGCAAAAUCGUGUCAGGUUGAUUUCGGGGAUAAAAACUGUCCUAUAUUCUUCCCUGGGAGUCUCCUAGAAUUUGAAUUAUAGUAUUUCAUUUCAUUUCAUUUCAUUUCAUAGCCCAAUAUUUUUAAUUAUUUUAUACUCUUUACGUAGGACUGGAUCAUGUAUUUAGGUUACAACUUCUCAUUAUUAGAUAGUCCCAUUAAAAAUGAAAUAAUAAAGAACGAAAAAGAACGUAAUAAUACCGGUAUUUUUGUAUGAAGGAAAAACCGGUUCCGAACCUUGGGUGGAGGUAAGAACGGCUAUGUAGGCUUUUCCACUGAUGCAUACUCGGGGGUACUAUAAAUAAACAUCCAACAGAUCUUGGGAUUCGGGAUGAGACUUAACCUUGCUAACAUUAACACCUUUCAAAAGAAACUUAAACACCUAUUCACGUAUAAAAGCUCAAGACAUGGUACACAAAACAAUUGUCGACUAUUUUUUACGUUAGAAUUAUCAUAAAUAAUUAGGAAAAAAUAUAAACACAUGUCUAGCUUGAUAUUUAUUUUUUAAGUUCCGUAAAACCACCCAACUAUAGUCCAAUACUGCAACUAUGGUCCACAAGUUCAAAAGGAAAUUAAGUAUCUAUACCAAUGUUCCUUGUGGUUUACUCCUAGUUUUACCUUCCAUUUAUAAACAUACUUUGCCUUAGAACUACAAAAAUAUAGUAAAAUACACACCUGAACCAGAAAAAUUGAGUUUAUUUGUGGACCAUAGUUGGGAGCUUUGGACUAUAGUUGGAUGGUUUUACGGUUAUCAAAAACACUUCCAGAUUAAAUUUGCAAUUUAACCCCCUUUGUUCAUUAGUGGGUGUUCAUUAUUCUUGAAAAAUCCUUGAGAUUACACUAAAGACACCUUCUUUGAAUAUAAAUAAAAAUUGAAAUCUGUUCACAUGAUAAAAAAUUAUCCCUGAAAAACCAACAUACAUACAGGUUGCGUAAAUUAGCAAUUUGUCGAUAGGUAGAUGGCGCUGAACUCAAUAAUGCUUGGUAUAUUUCUGGUCAUAAGUCUUUCGUAUUUAUAGUUACUUGAGAUAAUUGAAAGUUUGUACGGAAUCCUCGGUGCGCGGUGUUGAUCAGAUCUUUUAAGUAUUUUUCGACAGUAUUACCUUAUCGGAACAAAAUUAUUUCUAAAUGGAUAUAAUAAUGCUGAUUAAAUUAAUUAAGCAAAUGUGACUGAUAAUUAUAAUUUGUUUUCAUGAUUUUCGUCAACACUGAUUAUGAGAAUAUUACAACUCGCUAAUUGAUGCAGGAUAUAAAUUGGAAUAUAACAUUUAGAGGGUGCAUUUUAAAGUGCAACAUCAUGGGUCGUACACUGGCGUUGGUUUUUGUAACUCUGGUGCUUCACGCCUUAUGGGGCUCUGCACUCUCUGCCUUGCUGGGCCCGCGCAUUACGGCCACCAAGAUCCUCGACCUAGCCGAGGUGGACAAGAAUGGAUAUUGCUACUCUUGCAUCAAAAUCGACAACAUCUGCUACAACCACACCGAGCUGUUCGAGCUCCCGGCGCCCUUCGGUGAACACCCCGUCGUUAAAAGAAUGGGGAUCAUGAAGUCUUCGAACCUUCUAUACUAUAACUUCGAACCUGCGCUCAGUGAUAAGGAAUACUCCAAAGUUGCCUUCGUGUCGUUAUAUUCUACGAAUUUCUCUGGCGUCAUUUCUGGCUGGCAGUCUUUCAACUUUGGUCCUUUUGAUAUAAACCAAAACAAUAAAAAAGUAUAUCUAGGUGGUUCCGACGGUAUAUGGGUUGUUAAUACUAUUAGCCGUUUCCCAGCAUUUUUUAGUAUGAAGGCGAAUCUUAUCACUAACGUUGUUGUAAGGGACAAUGUGUAUUUUACUGCGUCAGGUUAUGAUGGAAUAUUUAAAUAUGUGGACGGGUAUUAUGUCGGUCAAUUAGUAGAUAAAACGAUAAAUAAUUUUAUUCUGGAUAUCGGGUACAAUAUUGUGUAUUUAAAUGAUACUGGAUUAUAUAUUUCAUUCCGUAGUAAAAGUCAGAAUGAUGUAAGAUUAUCAACGGAGCGGUUCAUCAGAGGUUUGACUGUCGACGGGAAAGGAGCAGUAUACGCCUGGCAUGUAGAUGGGAUAUAUAAAGUGACUUUAGGUAAAGUUCUUUCCCAGUCUACAUUGAAACGUGUUUCAAAUUUAGCUCCUGACGCUAUGACGUUUGAUCAGUCAAACAACAUUAUAUAUUCGAUCGGAAAAAAGUUGUACAAGUUAAGUAAAGUGACUACCAGUGAUUGUUUUGGUAUGUAAUGUCUGAAUCCAAUUGAAGAUAAACGAGAUUUGCUAUAGGUAUAAUUUGCUUUGCUUUGCCGUGGGCACCUGAAUACAUUUAUUUAACUACUUUAUUUUUGAGUACAUUUAUUUAACUACUUUAUUUUUGAAUACAUUUAUUUAAUUACUUUAUUUUUGAAUACAUUUAUUUAACUACUUUAUUUUUGAAUACAUUUAUUUAACUGCUUUUAUUGCAUGGCAUAUAUGUAAAUAGUUUUUAAGUCUCAUGAAGUGAAAUGUUAAUUUCUUUUGAGAAUAAUAAAAAUAUCUUUAACCCAAACUACUUUAAGUAAUUUUUGCCCUACCUAUUUCGGCAUUGUAAUUUUUUUCCUUACUGUAAUCUUAUUUUGAAAAAAUAAAUGAACCUUGCUUUUUGCCUUUAUUAGUUGGAGUGAAAUAAAAUUAUUCUAAACCCUGUCUCUCAACUUUGGGAAGUAA